UUUUACUCGGAGCCGCAGAGUUCCGCCCGCACAGCGCGUGUUUUGAGAGCCGCGCUCCACGGAUCCGCAAUAAAAGCGACGCGCUGCCUCCCCGUGCCGCACAAACGCCGCGUGUGUUGUGGGUGCGCGGUUCCGCCUCACCACCACCACCGCUAACACCACCACCACCACCGCUAACACCACCGAGACCGCGACCAAUAUCACUUGCACCACCAGCAUUGCCUCCGCUAACAUCACCACCACCACCACCGCUAACACCACCACCACCACCGCUAACACCACCGAGACCACGAGCAAUAUCACUUGCACCACCAGCAUUGCCUCCGCUAACAUCACCACCACCAUCACCGCUAACAUCACCACCACCACCACCAAUAUCGCUAUCACCACCAAGACCACGACCAAUAUCACUUGCACCACCACCACCAUUGCCUCCGCUAACAUCACCACCAACUGAUGAUGCUACUGCCGACGCUGCUGCUGCUGCUGCUGCUGCCUCCGUGCGCUCUUGCGGCUGGGCUCGCCUCCUCCGCUGCCCACCACCAGCACCACCUCUCCAACGGCGCUGCCCCUGCUGCCCCACCCCAGCCUCCUGCUGCUGCUGCUGCUGCUGUCUCUUCUGCGGGACUCAAGAGCUCUUCCUCGGCUGCCCGCGUCGCCGUCGGCUCCCUGCUCAACAUCACCGAUAACCGGGCGAGCCACGGGGCGAGGCGCGGCGCUCUGCACGAUUUCGACAAAGCCCAUCUCGGCUGCCGGGAACUGCGCUCCACCAAGUACGUGUCCGACGGCGACUGCACGAGCGUGACUCCGGUGAAGGAGGUGGUGUGCGCCGGGGAGUGCCUGCCUACGGCCCUGCUGCCCAACUGGGCUGGCAGCAGGCACUUCUGGAGGCGGCGAGGGGGCGAGGACGGCUCCGCGUGGCGCUGCGUGGCGGAGCGCUCCCGCACGCAGCGGGUCCGACUGAUGUGCGGCAACGGCGAGACGCGCACCUACCGCAUUCAGGUGGUGGCCUCGUGCAAGUGCAAGCGCAUGGGGCGACAGCAGAACGCGUCCGGCGAGCCCGUGGGCCAGCAGUCAUCAGCAUCGUCAUCGUCGUCUUCUUCUUCGUCGUCGUCUUCACCGUCGUCAUCGUCGUCUGCCAAUGAGCCUCCCUCGGGGCGACCGGCUCCGAGCAAGAAGGCGAGAAGUUUGCUGUCUGGCAGCAGUAAUGCGGCUAUCGCGUGGGAGGCGCCCGGAUAAAAUGCGAUCGUGGCGGCGGAGCCGACAAACGAACUAUUGAUUUUGUUGGUGAUACCGGGGAUGGUAGUGGUGAUUGGCGCAGUAGGGGGCACAGGUGGUGCAUCUGCCAGUCACGUCAAGUCAGUCAACCCAUGGCACCUGGGUCUGUCCAGUGACCUCCUGCCAGCAGCGAGCCUUCGACAUUUCGCGUGGCCUCAAAGUGCACAUAGCCUGGCAUAGUGGUGAACGGCUGUUGGUGGUGGUGAUGAUGGUUGUGUUGGAGAGAGAGAGAAGCUCGUUGCGACGGAUGGAGCCGAAUACAAUGAGAAGAAAAUGUUUUAUGAGAACUUUUCCUACGCACUUUUAUAAUUUAAGGAAUCUUUCGACAGAUGUAUUUAGAGGUUUGUUGAGCUUUUCGUAAUGUGUGAUUUAUGGUACUGAGAGGUUUUGUACAUCUAUAGGUAUUUCUGUAUGUAUACCGCGCACGUAUGAUAAUGUUGUUAUAUAUUAUAAAACUACAUUAUAGACCAGUGUUCAUGUUCCGUAGGUAAGUCACUGCAUUAUACACAGUGUCCAUGCCAUUCAAUCUGUAAUCAGUAAAUAAAGUGUGGGCGAUGAUGGAA